GGGUAGUAAGCUAUAUAUCGUGCCUACAAGUUACGCUAAUUAGCAGAUUAGCUGUAGCUAAUUAAGCUCAAUAUACAAAAUUAUAAAUAAUGUAUGAAGAGACUUCAGAAUAUAAGCACAUUAACAUAGAACAAGAAGUAAGGGAGGUAUAAUGGAGGGGUUUCCAGAAAUAGAAAGUAGAUCAAAAGGAGCAUGGUUAACGUGGAAAGAUCUAUGGGUUACGGUGACGGACGAGAAAAGUAGAUCCAAACCGGAGCCGAUAUUGAAAGAGGUAACGGGAUAUGCAGAGCCAGGAGAGGUUUUGGCCGUUAUGGGUCCUUCUGGUUGUGGGAAGACCGUUCUCUUAGAUGCCUUAGCAGGGAGGUUGCGGUCAAACAUGAGGCACAAUGGAGACAUUUUGCUCAAUGGUCAAAAACAGGGUCUCGCUUUUGGUAAUUCGGCAUAUGUUGGACAAAGAGACAUCUUAAUGGAAACACUAACAGUAAGAGAAGCAAUAUACUAUUCAGCUCUACUUCAACUUCCCAAUUCAAUCCCCAAAUCAGAUAAAUUAACAAGAGCCGACAUGGUUAUAAACAAGAUGGGUUUGGAGGAUUGUCGCAAUAAAAUAAUAGGAGGACGGACAUUAACAAGUAUAAGUGGUGGUCAAAGGAGGAGAGUUAGCAUUUGUAUGGAGAUCAUAAAACGACCCAAGCUUUUGUUCUUAGAUGAGCCGACGAGUGGGCUGGAUAGCGCCGGAUCUUAUCAUGUUAUGAGUUAUAUUAUCAAGUUUGCGGAAGAAGAAGGUGUGACUGUUAUUGCAUCUAUUCAUCAACCAAAUAGUGAAGUGUUUGAGCUUUUUCAUAAGCUUUGCCUUCUCUCUUAUGGAAAACUUGUCUAUUUUGGUCCUGUCUCUAAUGCAAAUACGUUCUUCUCUUGGUAUGGUUUCCCAUGCCCAAGUAUGAGAAAUCCAUCUGAUCACUACCUUAGAACCAUCAAUAAUGAUUUUGAACUGGAACUUGAAGGGAAAAUUAGCACAGAAAAUGCAAUAAAUUUUCUUGUGCGAGCAUACAAAUCAUCCGAAGAGUAUCAACAAGUUCAAACACGAGUAUUCGAGAUAUGUCAACAUGAAUCCCAAAUGCAAGAGAGACGAAGUGAAACAAGUUUUAUCACGCAAUCUCUUGUUCUGACUCAAAGGUCAUUCAUAAAUAUGUACCGUGAUGUUGGUUACUAUAGGCUUCGCUUAGGUAUAUAUGUGGGAAUUUGUCUUUUUCUAGGGUUGCUCUUUCGUGGUCUUGACGACACUUACGCAUCAAUUCAAGCAAGAGUUUUAAUGCUCGUGUUCAUUGCUGGAUUCUUGACUUUCAUGGCCAUUGGAGGGUUUCCUUCUUUCGUUGAAGACAUGAAGAUAUUUCAUCAAGAAAGGCUAAAUGGAUAUUAUGGUGUUGGUGCAUUUGUUCUUAGCAACACAAUCUCUUCUCUUCCAUACUUAUUCAUCAUCUCCUUUAUUCCCGGAGCAAUAACAUAUUACUUAUCUGGUCUACGAACACAAUUCCAAUACUUCAUCUUCUUUGCACUUCUUCUUUUCGCCACCAUGACAUUAGUAGAAAGCAUGAUGAUGAUUGUGGCAAGCAUUGUGCCAGAUUUUCUUAUGGGUAUCAUCACUGGUUCGGGAAUUCAAAGCCUUAUGAUGCUAACCGCAGGCUUCUUUCGAACACCCAAUCAACUUAUUAAGCCUAUUUUUAAGUACCCAAUGUAUUAUAUAUCAUUUGGUACGUAUGCAAAUCAAGGGUUCUUCAAAAAUGAGUUUAAUGGACUUGUUUUCUACAAUGGUGAUAAAGAUCAUGGAGAACAAAUGCUUAAGGGUGAAGAUAUAUUAAAAAAUAACUUACAAGUACAAGUUAGCUACUCAAAAUGGUUUGAUCUUGCUAUCUUGUUAGGUAUGAUUAUGAUUUAUCGUUUUAUUUUUUUUGUUAUAAUUAAGGUUUUUGAGAUUCGCCAAAAACGAUCUUACAAAAAAAGAUAG